GUUGGUAUGGAAUGGUUCAGACAUGUUGCUUUGAUCCUAGCGGUCUCAUUGCGGCCAGAAGGAUGUGAACGUACAUGACACUGUACGGCAGCUGGUCCACAUGAACGUUCGCUAUCUCAGCUGUCUAUGUUCGGGUCUCCGACCGCGCGACCCUUGCGAACCAGACAUCGCGAGCAAGUUCUGGCGCCAUCGACAAUUCCCAGCGUAACAGAAGAGAACGUGGCCAGCGAAGAGAAGAGACGCUCAUAACAACGCAUGCUUCAGGAGGUUUUCUCGUUGCCAAAGUCACCCAAGCCGUGAAACUUCUAUUCCGUCGUCUGCGGUGACGUCGGACGUCUUGUGUCCCGCGCACCCACGCCGUAGGCCCGUGUACGCAGGCCCGGAAUCGCUCGUUGGGAAGCCAUCCGGUGCAUCAUGCACCGGACGGGGUCUUUGACACGCCGGGACUGAGCUCUUGUCCACGGCACCGCAAGUGUCCUAGCAGCGCUGCUUUGUCCAAGCCCCUUCGUCCAGAGCGGGAAGAUGCAUACCACGAUACACCGAUGACUGCAGAUAUGCAAACGCUCCUCCGGGUACCUGCGGUCUAACCCUGCCAAUUUGGGAAGCCAGAAUCCCGAAUGGUACUGGAUAUAGCUACCCGGCUAUGUGUCCUGGACCGCUGGGCGCUGUUACGUCAAACGCCGCUAGGGUUCGGUUGACACCGUCUGUGGAUGCAGUUGCGAUGUCAUACCCGGACUCAUGUAGGCGUUUCCCAACCCUUGCCACACCCUCUCGAAACGUCACUCUGUACCUGGUCUGGUACCGUCCUCAGCUAUGGUCGAUGCGUCCGUGGUGAACUCGGUCAAGUCCUCUUUGUGGAAUAACUUUCUAUCCGUAGUAGCAUUCGCUCUCUUAUACUACGACUAUGCGUUGACACUCGGAGAUGAAGUCGAGUACUUCUGGAAGUCGGCCGGUUUCUCUCUGUCUUCAACUCUGUUCGUGUUCAACCGCUACUUUGGUCUAAUCGGCACGUUCCCUAUCGUUUUCGAAUAUUUCGCUCAUUUACCGGAGCAUGUAUGCCGGCUACUACAAACCUACCACCAAGUCUUCUCGGUCGUAACGCAAGGUGUCAUCGCAACGAUUCUGUUGCUUCGCACGUAUGCCUUGUACGAACGGAAGAAAUCGGUUCUUGUGCUUCUCGUCGUGACCCUUGUUGCUGUCGCUCUUGUGUGCCUGGUGGCAACGAUGACCGUGAACAGUCCAGUAGCAACACCGAACACACCCGUACAACGCCCCAGCGGCGGGUGCGAUCUCGCUCUCACCGAAGAACAGGGCAUCCAUCUCGCCAUCGAGUGGUGUGCAAUGCUGUGGUUUGACACGACUGUCUUUCUGCUCACCCUGGCGCGUGCAUUGCGCAUGCACCGGCGGCUAUCGGGUGGCAUUGUGAAUCUUCUGUUCCGUGAUGGUACCAUCUACUAUGGCAUACUGGUUGUGUUCAAUGUAUCGAACAUCAUCACAUUCUUGGCAGUCCCGGCCGGUUCGAAGAAGGGGAUCGUAACCACCUUGACGAAUGCACUAUCCACCACGCUUACCUCCCGUCUCGUUCUCAAUCUCCGUGGCAUCGGAUCGCGAAAGUGGGACCGCCGUACAGCGGAUGAAGAGAACAGCACGAUGAAGUACAGAAUUCCACCCAACGGGGAACCAUUCGUCUCCCACUUGAUAUUCGCUUCUCCAACCACCUCUUUGAUGGAGGGCUCUAGGAGCUACGCAGUGAGCCAUGACGCUGAAGCGAGCAUGGGAUGAGCGCAGCCGUCGCUAGGAGUGGCCGUGCAAUCGCAGUGCGCUAUGGGCGCCUCGAGUUUUUUCAGGUGGUCAGUACAACAUGAAUGAAGAGAAGUUCCGAGUCUUUGUCAAUUC